AUGGACCAACACAUCGUCGAUCCUCCGCCUUUUCUGUGCGGUGUAAUGGUGAGUGACAGUUACAAUAAGAUGAUGUCUGAUGUGGCGAUUCGAUCGAUGCUAAAGAACGGUGAGUACGGCGAAGAUUUGGGGGUUCUGAGGGAGAGGGAACUCGCGCGGUUGCGCAGUGGGUCGGCGCCGCCGACGGUGGAGGGGUCGUUGACAGCGGUGGGAGGGUUGUUUGAGGGGUCUCCGGCGGCGGCGGGGUAUGGAGGCGGAGGGGGAUUCGGGAGCGAGGAGGAACUUCGGGCUGAUCCGAAUUACGCGAAUUAUUAUUACGCUAAUGUGAAUCUGAACCCGCGGUUGCCACCGCCGCUGGCGUCGAAGGAGGACUGGCGGUUCGUGCAGCGGUUGAGGGGUGGUUCAAAGUUGGGGGGUGUUGGGGAUAGGAGGAUGGUUAGUGAUGAUGGUAGAAUUGGAGGUGGUGAUAACAACACUUUGUUUCCUGUGCACCCUGGUGGGUUUGGUGUGAAAGAGGAGGGUGGUUUGAAGCACCGCAAGGGUGGUCCAGAAUGGGGCGGCGAGGAUGGGUUGAUCGGGUUGCCGGCAUUAGGCCUCGGGAGUAGGCAGAGGAGCAUUGCAGAACUGUUUCAGUUUGCUUUCAUAGGAUGGAAAGCAAUGCAUUACUGUUUCUGGUCAUGUGGAAAAACCCUCAGGAGUCAGUCUUGUGAUUCUCUAGGGCCAGUUUCUUCAACAGUGUAUUCUGCCAAUGCCUUUGGAUGUUGGCCCAAGAGACAGGCCAUCAACUUGGCCCAACUCAUCGGCCAAAAUCCAAGAGGGUACAUUGACACGUUCAUUGGCUUUUUUGACGAAAUAAAUAAUGCAUCGUCUGCUUCCAAGCACCCUCAGAAUCUGCCUAGCAGUAAUUUCUUUGAUGAUAUUGCUGAAAAAUCUGAAACUCGUCUUGCUUAUGUGCAUCAAGAACUGAAUGCUCUGCGCUCAGGAGGAAAUAAGCAGGGCAUAUCUACUGCCCAAAAUUUUGUUGGUUCGGGACCUCAAACGUAUGCUUCUGCGUUAGGAGCUUCUCUAUCAAGGAGUAGCACCCCUGACUCCCAGCUUCUACCAAGAGCUGCAAGUCCUUGCCUUCCACCCAUUGGUGAUGGCAGAUCCAGUUCAUCUGAUAAAAAAAGUUCUAAUGGUCAAAAUUUACUCAAUCAUGUCUCAUCUAAUUUAAAUGAGUCUGCAGAUCUGGCGUCUGCUUUGGCUAGUAUGAAUCUGUCCACAAAAGAUAUAAUAGAUGAUGAGAAACAUUCACAGUCAUCUAGACACAAUGAGUUAGAUUAUAGUCACAGUUUUAAACAGCAGCCUUACUUAAACAGUCCUGAUUCCUUGGCUUUCCAACGUCAUUCUGCUGCCCAAUCCCAUUUAAAAGGGAAUAAAGGCAGCAGUUUUGGAUUGGAUAUAAAUAAAUCAUCAGGAUAUGCAGACGAUCAGCUAGAACACCUUAAGCCUGCUGGAAUUUCUGUUAACUCGCAUUUGAAAGGACCUUCUACACCAACUUUUACUAGCAGAGGUGGUUCACCUGCUCACUAUCAGAAUGCUGAAGAUAUCUCAUAUCCAAACUAUGGCAUGACUGGAUAUACUAUUAAUCCUUCAUCACCGCCCAUGAUGGCAAGCCAGCUUGGGACUGGGAAUUUGCCUCCUUUCUUUGAAAAUGCUGCUGCAGCAGCAUCUGCACUAGGAUUGAAUGGUAUGGACGCUAGAGCACUAGGAAGAGGUGUAGCUUUACAAAAUUCUAGCAGGCUCGGAAGUCAUGCCACCGGUAGCACUCAACAGUUGCCCUUGAUGGAUCCUUUGUAUCUUCAGUAUCUGAGAUCGGGGGAUGUUGCUUCUGCUGCACAGAUUGCUGCACUUAAUGAAUCAGUGAUAAAUAGGGAAUGCACAGAUUUACUUGGCCUCCAAAAAGCUUAUGUUGAGUCUUUGAUUACCCCUCAAAAGUCACACUUCAAUGUUCCAUACUAUGGUAAAUCAGCUACCUUGAGCCCUAAUUCUUUUGGAAAUCCAUCAUAUGGUCUGGCCACAUCAUAUCCAGGAAGCCCACUGGCUGGUUCCCUUUUCCCUAGCUCCCUCUAUGGACCGGGUAGUCCUAUGAACCAAAAUGAACGGAAUAUGCGAUUGUCUGGGAUGAGGAACGCAGCUGGUGGUUUCAUUGGAGCUUGGCAUUCAGAAGCCGUUGGUAGCUUGGAAGAGAACUAUGCAUCUUCCUUGCUUGAUGAAUUCAAAAGUAAUAAGACCAAAUGUUUUGAACUUGCAGAAAUUUCUGGGCAUGUUGUUGAAUUCAGUGCUGAUCAGUAUGGAAGCCGAUUUAUCCAACAGAAACUUGAGACUGCCUCGAUGGAAGAGAAAAAUAUGGUUUUCCAUGAAAUCAUGCCACAAGCACUUUCUCUAAUGACUGAUGUCUUUGGUAAUUAUGUGAUUCAGAAGUUUUUUGAACAUGGAACAGCAGCACAAAUAAGAGAACUGGCUGAUCAGCUUACGGGUCAUGUGCUGACCCUAAGUCUUCAAAUGUAUGGCUGUCGAGUUAUCCAGAAGGCUAUUGAAGUUGUGGACAUGGAUCAGCAGACUAAAAUGGUUACAGAGUUGGAUGGACAUAUUAUGCGUUGCGUACGUGAUCAAAAUGGAAAUCAUGUCAUCCAGAAAUGUAUUGAAUGUGUACCUGAAGAUGCGAUUCAUUUUAUUGUUUCGACAUUUUAUGACCAGGUUGUGACAUUGUCAACUCAUCCUUAUGGUUGUCGUGUUAUACAGAGAGUAUUGGAGUACUGCAAUGAUCCCAAAACACAACAGAUUAUGAUGGAUGAAAUUUUACAAUCUGUGUGUAUGUUAGCACAAGACCAAUAUGGCAAUUAUGUUGUUCAGCAUGUGCUGGAGCAUGGCAAGCCUUAUGAACGAUCAGCUAUAAUCAAGGAAUUAACUGGGCAAAUAGUGCAGAUGAGCCAGCAGAAGUUUGCCUCUAAUGUUAUAGAAAAAUGCCUUACUUUUGGAACACCUACAGAGCGGCAAGUUCUUGUGAAUGAGAUGCUUGGUUCCACAUAUGAAAACGAGCCCCUGCAGAUUAUGAUGAAGGAUCAGUUUGCCAACUACGUUGUGCAGAAAGUGCUGGAAACCUGUGAUGACCAGCAGCUUGAGCUAAUCCUUAAUCGGAUAAAGGUUCACCUGAACGCCUUGAAGAAGUAUACUUAUGGGAAGCACAUUGUUGCCCGUGUAGAGAAAUUGGUUGCUGCUGGGGAUGGUAUAGAGAAUGUACAGCUAACUGAGGAUAAUACAAGCACCUGCUCUUUUUUCUCUUCAUGUGGUAUUGCUAAUGGCCCUGUCUGUAUUCAGCUGAGGCUCAGGCUUGGUACUGUUAAUGGCCUUGCCCUGCCUGAUUCUCUCAUGCGGCAGGGAUAUAAUAUUAUUUACGAGCUAGUUUUCAUGUUGUAA